AAUUUCUUAGGUUUUGGCUUACAAGUAUCAAUGUGGUUAUCGCUGCUGAGGAGUAUGGAAAUGUAUUCACGAUUGGAGAAUGAUUAUACAUUUUAGCACCUAUCUUUACUUUGUACUUUGUUCUGUGAAAGCUUACACAGAUGAGUUAGUCGAUAUAACGUUUGGUCGGCGGGACUCGGCUUUUCUUAUCAGCGACAACAGAAGUACUAAACAUGAGUUACCGGUGUAUUUUGCGUCUGCAAGCAAUUCAGAUCGCUAUGAGAUAAAAGCAUCAAUAGGACUGCUCCAUAGUUCGUUAACUAUUUUGGGCGAAAAGCUUCUUGAGAAUUCCAAAUUACAUGUUACUGUUCACACAUUCGACUCAGAAGUAAGCGAAGAAACCAAAACGCUUCACUUUCUCUGCCAUGCAAGCUAUAGUGAGGAUAUUAAUGGUUUGGAAUUCGAGCCUAGUAGUAUCUGUUGCGUAAUUUCAGUCAAUGCAACAUACUUCAACGAGCUUACUUCCUGUAUGCUAGUCAUCGAUUCCAAACAGAAAAUUUGGAUAUGUCGUGCAUCCAUCAAGUUACCUCCUGCUCUAUGGAAGCAAAAACGGUCACCAGAAGUAAUUCUUUCAUUUACAUCAUCAGGAUUAUACUCAUUUUCUGAUGCUAUCAAACGACAAGAUGUAUCUUCUGAUAGCUUACAUCACUGUCACCUAACCGUUAGUAAUUUGAAACCUUCAUUCACACCCAUUCCGUCUGUUAGCAUUGCUCAUUUGGUACCGGAUGCUUUUCGCGACCUGGGAAGAAGCUUAUUGUUACAGAUUCCAAGGAGGGAAUUAAAGACUAAUGAGGACUUUUUUGUUACUGUUCGCCUAAAACGCUUUGAUGACGUUUCAGAUUUUACGCUACGAUGCGAAAUUCCGUCGAAUACCUAUGUUGAAUUUAUUCAAGUUAUAUGGCCAGCUGGAGUUGGAACUUUAUCAUCUUCAUCAGUGUCUCUGUCGUCUUCAUCAUCAUCCUUAUCUUCCACAUCUGUUGAUGAUCCUAAUUCUUACAUAGAUGUGGAGGAGUUUCUUAAUACUCAGACAGGAUCGUCGACAUCACCAUCAUCAUCAUCACCACUUAGAAAUGAAAUGAAAUCACGUAAUAUGUGGGAUGUGUUUCAUAGAAGUGUUGUCGGUCCAAAACGUAAUGUAACUGAAAUUGUAGCUCGUUUUAGAGAAGAUUUAGCUGAAACAAAUCCAUCUUCAAAAUACAGUUCAGCAACUGAGGUUUACAAGCUCCAGUUUCGUGUGAAAAAGCCAGAAUCUGGUUCACCUGGUCGUGUUGCACCACGAAUAUUUUGGAGUCUUGUCAGUUUGAAUCGUAGAAAUUCACCAGAUCAUGCUGUCAGUGCAAGUCCAGUAGUAACGCGAUUGAACAUAGAACCCUCGGAAUUGAAACACAUAACUAUGGUAUUAAAAACUUCAGCGCUAGUCAAUCUUGCAGUUCUAACUGGACAGCCUACAACUUAUCCAAUAUGGGUAUAUGGUUUAACACAUGACUUGAGGCUAGUUGACAUAACAUCAAAAGCAACAUGUCAUACUGGUGAUGAUGCUGUCAUACAUUUUGCUCAGGAUAUGUGCUCCAAACUUGGAUUCUCUGGUGCAGAACUUGACGGUUCACCUGGAUUACCAUUAGUAGCUAAAUUGGAUGGUCGUAGUGCUACUGCUACACUCUUAGUUUGGUUUCCAAAAGCACCUGCACUCAAAUUGAUUGUUGAAUCUAGUCCAAACAGCAAUUAUGAUUCCGCUAAUCAAGAACUUUCAAAGGUUAUUACACUAAAGCGUCUGGCCACAGAAAUUAUUGCCUCACAUUCGAAUUUCCGUAAAUCCCUGUGGAUAAACCAUAUCAAUACAACCGAAUCUCUUCAGUUUUUCCAGUACUUCCGAGUUCGCAUAUUGGCGCGGUUUAUUUUAGCUAGUUCUGUACUACACGAUAAAGAUGUCCUUGGUGGGAAAAUAAAUCAGUAUGUGGACGUGACUGAAUUCACUGCUCAUAGGCUACGAUUAGAAUAUACACACAAGCAAUCAUCAAAUAAAAGAUCAUUAAACUCCGGUGAUGGCAAUAUAUCAUCCAUGCCAGAAAUACUUAACUUUCAAUCCUCUGCCCGUUUAUUAACAGUUGGUGAUAUACCACUUAGGAAUCCAUAUCAUAAUAUGCAGUCCAUUGAUAUAAAUCAACGUCUAAAACCUCUACGUGUAUGGCUUGUUGGUCAACACCCUGGAAGUGUUAAAAUUCAUUUAGUCCCUAUAGACAGAACCUUGAUCAAUUCAUUCAUCCCACCCGGUUUAGCUAAGCAACUAAAAGAUCAUAUACCAAAAGAAGCAGACGAACAAUCAGAAGCUGAUAGCAAAAACCAGUCUCAGCAUCAUUAUUCGCCCUUAACAAGUGAUCAUUCAUUGAAAGAACCCAGCUUGACUGUUCGAGUAACAGAUGAUACAAGUAUCUGGCCAGUUGGAAUAUCUGCACAACUAGUGACAGAUUUCUCCGUAUUUAUAAGUCUCCAGUCUGGUAUGGACGGUAUGGACCAAGGAGCCAGUGAAAAUUUUUCAACUUCCAACAAUGUGAAUGACAUCCAGGACAAUUUAUUUACGUCUUCAUCAGCUGAACGUAAGCCUAUUUUAUCUGGUAUCUACUCAGUUCACGUUGAAUUAAAAGGCAGUAAGCUCACUCAUAGUGGGUCAAUCAACUCUGCAUUUAGUCAAGAAGCUUCCGAUAUGCACAGAAAGCUUUCAAUGUUGUCCAGUGACCAUCUCAAUCGAAAUAAUGUUCGACAGCGUCUUGUACAGGCAAAUUCAGUUGGGUUUCUUGUAGUCUGGAUACAUUUGUCAGAUGGUUCAUCGGUUUUAUGGAAUAGAAUGGCUGAGAUCUAUGAACAAUUAUAUGGAAAAGACAAAAUUCCAUUGAAUUUAUCAGUUAGAAAUUGUCGUCCCGAUUUGUUUUGGAUUGAAACCAAUUCAGCAGGUGUAGUAGAAAGAAGGAUGAGGUCAGCUAAAAGGUCAUCAACUUCUUCUUCACUUCCUAAAUCUGUAUAUUCUGAUCAACUAGAAAAUUCACCGUUGUCAGGCAAAUCAUUAUUGCGAAAAUCUCGUUCAGUACGAGCGAAAUCUCAUUUAACUGUGUCAUAUGACCCUUUAGAAAUUUUGAGGCAACGAGUUCACAGAAGUUUGUCAACUGAUGAGGUUGAGAAGGAUUUGUCUGCUGUCAAUACAAGCAAUUAUUGGUAUGGACCUGUGGUGUGGUUUCUUCAAAAAGGACUGAAAUUCUCUGGUGACGUUUUGGAAGUUGGUUUAACAUCACCAAGUGGAAACAUUCUAGUUCCACAUGUCCGUAUUCAUGGAGAUAUAGUAACACCAAAUAAUGGUAUUUCUAUGAAUUAUUAUAUAAGAAAUAGAGAUAAAAAUCAAGUGGAUGCGAAAACUCUACAGGAAAUCGAAACCGGUGGAAAAAACGUACAUGGUUCAAUGGCAUAUAAAGAUUCGCCUGGUUAUUAUAGUUCUCAACCAGUAUUGUCCUUGACAGAAACAGAAGGAAGAGGAGUGAAAGGUGCGCCUGAAUCAGAUUAUCGUUAUUCUCAGUAUUCAUCACAAACAUCAUCAUUGUUUUCAACAAAGCAAAAGAAUUCGGCUAAAGGAAGAUCUUUCAAAGGCAACUCAGUGUCCAUAAAUUCUGAUGCAAACGCUUUUAUUGCUACUAGUUCAGAUGACACACAGUCUAUUUUAUCCGACGUUGGGGGUGGCAGUAGUCCAUUAGACAAUAAAGAAUCGGCAAAAGAUGCUGAUGAUAAACACGCCAGUGGUCUUAGUGGUAGUGGUAAUAAACAGAUAACUGAAGUCAGUGAUAGAAGUAACAAUAAUAGCAGCGGUGCAAGGCCUGUAUUAGAAAUGAGCAUGUACAUUUUACUCGGUUUGUUUGCUGUAAUAGGGCUCGUGUUUGCUGUAAACUGUGGAGUUGUUGUUAUACGUUAUCGCUGGGAGAAAAUGAAUGCAAAUAAUAGUAGCACUGUUGGUGCUGCUGACGAUACUUGUAGCCGCAGUAGUACUACCGGCAGCUGUGUUCAACGGAAACGCAACCAGUCAUUUGGUCGUAACACACCUUCUCCUUCACUACCGCUUACCGGUGUCGUAUCGAAUGGCGAUGAUAAUUUAGAACAUAAUGAAAUUAUUCCUUCAGUUUCUGCUUCACCAAAAUGUAAAUGGAUAAGCCGUUCAAAGAGUGGUGCAGAUAAUCAUGAAAAACUGUUAUCUACCAAUAACCAUAACGAUUACAAUAAAAAUGGUGCCAAGCGUACAAAACGUUCUGCUACAUCAAUGUUUACAAGCCGUCACAAACACAAGCCAUUGCUACACCGAGACUCAAGUUGGGUAUGGGUAGGUCGUCAGCAAGUAAUUGGUGAACAAAAUGAAACUGAAGGAGAAAAUGAUAACUUAAAUAGUUAUAAUCCACAUCUUCGUUACCCUGCAACAUCAACUAUUAAAACUGGUAAUAAUAGUUAUGUCACACAACCAGAUCGAAAACGUUUUCAUGCAAAUAAACGUUCAGUGCAAUGUGGUGAAGCAAAGAAAAACUCUACAACUGCUGUACUGUCUGUUGGUGAAGCUGAUAUGCUGUUGUUGCAAUCACCAUAUCGUGAAGGGGUCUGGCAAGAUACUUUACCUUCAGGUACAAUCGAAUCAGAUUCACGAUUUUUGUUCCUUGCAGGUGCUAAUUCUACACAAUUCAGUUAUCCAAACGAAACAAAUCCUACUUCUUUAUUAGCCAAUCAGUUGUCACUUGCCCUUAAUAUACCGAAAAGUGAAUGUCAGACACUUGGACGUCAAUCAAGACGUCAUACAACUGCAGUAACACAAAGAAAUUAUCAGGGUCAAGAGUGUAGUAUACGAAUUAUCAGUAAUCCACUAUCAGACAAUAAAAAACGACAGCAGUCACAAAACCAAUUCAAUAAUCCUCAACUUUUCUUAUCAAACUAUGCCUCAGAAAACAUGAAUUAUACGAAUAAUGCUAGUACUACGCUGACAAAAUCUGCAAUUGUCUGUGAUUCCUGGUUAAAUAUGCCAGGUCAUAUGAUGCUAACAGGAAGUGCGAGUGCUUCCUUGCAUCGUAAACAGAUUCAGCCAAGUUGUACACAAGAUGGAUAUAGAUUAAAUGAGACUUUGUGCAGUGAUAUGUUAAACUGUAAUGCAUUUACACCUAAUCUGAGUAGACCAAAUAAUUUUAAAAAUAUCCCAAAUUCUCCUUAUGUACCAAAUUCACCUCAUCCACUUCCUUUGCCAUCAAUGAUACCAUCAUCUUUUCCUAUCUGCUCUCCACAAGUUCACAAAGAUGAAGUUUGUUGGAUAUCAUCUACUCAGCAAAACUGGAUAAAAUCAGAAUUCCCUGGACAAGGCUCAUCAUCUACUAAUGUAGUAAAAAGUGAAGAUUUGCAAGAACAGAAUAAUCAUUCGUCAAUAGAUAGGCCUGGUCACUCAACUGAUGGAAUGCUUGAUGUUUCUUCUCCAAUCUGUCCAUUGAAUUCUCCUUGGCAAAUUCGACGACCUCACAAAUCAAUGAGAAGGAACAAUGCAGAAUGCGAUUCUGACGACAAACCCCGUGAAAUGCAUAACCAAUCAGUGAAUCAUACUGACUUCAGUAAUUCUCUGCUUCUUAGCGAAGUUUCAGAAUCCAACGAAGAUGCAGAAAUGAAGGAUGAUUUUUAUAGUCAAACUCCUCCAUAUCCACCUGUUAGAACAACAAGUCGUGGAGCAAUCGCCUAUCAUACUCUCAGUCACUUGACAAGAAACAACAACGUGAACAGUCACCAUUCACGUCCUCUUAGCUUACCACAAAGUUUUCAUGCCACAAAUGAAUUAUAUUCUACACUGUGCAGAACAGAUUCAUCCAAUGAAUGUAUAAAAUUUCUAACUGAUAGCAUUCAUGAAGAACAUAUAACUUCACAGGCUGAUAAUCAAAAUAUCCACAAGAAUCUUAUCGAUAUGACACCAGAGAUUUGUCAAGAUUGUUUUCUAUCCUCGUCAUAUGAUAUUCUGUCAAAAUAUAUAAAUCAGCAACAAAGUCCAAGUGAAGAAAGUCUUUGGUGGUAUCAUCCAGUUCAUCAAAAGCGUAGACGUAGGCGUAAAGUUGAGUCUAAAAAGCAUACCGAAGAUAAACCUACCCAUCGUCGUCAUCCACAUCAACUACAACAGCAACAUCAUAUGGAUGGACACAUCAUGAGUGUAUCUGAAAAGUCGAGCGAUUUAUCUUCCCCUAUAGUCAAUAAACCUGACAGUGGUUAUAUUGAGACUCUAAUCAAUAAAGUGGAGAAUAAUUAUACGGUUUCAGAUUCAUGUAAGCGUGCUAAAGACAAUGAUUUCCCAGUAAAUGAUGGUCCGCCAAAUCUUCAAUCCUUUCUGAACAAUAAGUUAGCACAAAAAGAAAAAAGAGAGGAAAAGGAAGAAAGACAACAAGAACAACAAUGCAGUGAAGUUCGCCAUAAAAAUUUCAAGAGCCAAAUUAAUUCACCAUCUGAUUUAAGUUGGGAUCAGGAAUUAUUGUGUCUCUCUCAUGAUCGUUUAGUGGCUUAUUUCGCUGAAAUGAAAGAAUCGAAUGCUUGAUAUAUAGGUCAGUCAACUGACAAACAAAUAGUAAUAAUUACACUGUGAAGAAAUAUAUCUACACUGAACAUUGAAAACUCCUUCUAAAUUGGUCGACUCGAGACUAUUCCAUUUGGUCAACUAAUUCCAUCACCUGUUCAAGUUUAAAAUGUAAAACGGUGGUACUAUUAGCGUUUUGUACAUACGUACGCACAGGUAAUAAUUCUUGUUGUUUUCUAUUUAUAUAAUCUUCAGUUUUGCUUCCAU